ACAGGUCCCCCGUGACUCCCUGAGAUCACCCACUCUUUCGACUACUUUCUUUCUUCCUUGUCUUCUAGCCCUAGCCCGCUUUUUCAGCAUCACUGUAAGUACUAACUGAAAAAUGGCGACUCUGACUGCUUCUCACUUCGUAUCAAGAACAUCGCAUGUCAACGGCACCCAGGAAAGCUCGGGCUCGGAGACGAAGUCGUUGGCGCAGAUUGGGCUGAGGAGCCAGCGCGCCACGCACAAUGGCUUGAGGCGGUUGAGUGCGAGGACAAUUGUGGGGAGGAGCAAGGGGUAUAAGUCUGAGAAUGGCAAGGGUUUGGCUUCCGGAGCUAUUGUAUGUCGAAGUGGGAUGAACUUGGUGUUUGUGGGAUGCGAGGUUGGUCCCUGGAGCAAAACCGGUGGUCUUGGUGAUGUUCUCGGUGGUCUACCGCCUGCCAUGGCGGCUCGUGGGCACAGGGUUAUGUCUGUGAGUCCACGCUAUGAUCAGUACAAAGAUGCAUGGGAUACCUGUGUGGUUGUUGAGAUUCCAGUUGGGGACAGAAUUGAAACUGUUCGCUUUUUCCACUGCUACAAAAGAGGAGUUGAUCGUGUCUUCGUGGAUCAUCCCUGGUUCCUUGAGAAGGUAUGGGGAAAAACUGGAUCCAAAAUUUAUGGCCCUAGCGCAGGAGUAGACUACAUCGACAAUCAAAUGCGAUUCAGCUUGUUUUGCCAGGCGGUUCUGGAGGCACCACGGGUUCUGAAUCUAAACAGCAGCAAACAUUUCUCAGGACCAUAUGGAGAGGAUGUUGUCUUCAUUGCUAAUGACUGGCACACUGCUAUUCUUCCAUGCUACCUAAAAUCAAUGUACCAAUCUAGUGGAAUUUACAGCAAUGCCAAGGUAGUGUUUUGCAUCCACAACAUUGCCUACCAAGGCAGAUUUGCCUUUUCUGAUUUCGCAUUCCUCAAUCUGCCAGAUAGAUUCAGGAGCUCUUUUGAUUUUAUGGAUGGGUAUAAAAAGCCUGUGAAAGGAAGGAAAAUCAACUGGAUGAAGGCUGGAAUACUAGAAUCAGACAGAGUUGUAACCGUGAGCCCAUACUACGCCAAGGAACUUGUUUCUGGUGAAGCCAAAGGUGUGGAAUUGGACAACAUCAUUCGGAAGGCCACCAUUACUGGAAUUGUGAAUGGUAUGGAUGUCCAGGAGUGGAAUCCAUCCACAGACAAAUACAUUGGCAUUCAUUACAAUGCCACAACUGCAAUGGAUGCAAAAGCUCUACUGAAGGAAGCUCUUCAGGCAGAAGUUGGGUUGCCCGUGGACAGGAAUAUCCCACUGAUAGGCUUUAUUGGUAGACUAGAAGAGCAGAAAGGUUCAGAUAUUCUAGCAGCAGCCAUUCCAAAAUUCAUUGAUGAGGAUGUUCAGAUUGUUGUCCUUGGAAAUGGCAAAAAGGCCAUGGAGGAACAGAUCGAACAGCUGGAGAUUAAAUAUCCUAACAAGGCCAUAGGAGUAGCGAAAUUUAAUGUUUCAUUGGCCCAUAUGAUCACUGCUGGGGCUGAUUUCAUGUUGAUCCCAAGUAGAUUUGAACCAUGUGGUCUCAUUCAGUUGCAUGCUAUGAGAUAUGGAACGGUGCCUAUUUGUGCCGCAACUGGUGGGCUUGUCGACACUGUUAAAGAGGGUUUUACAGGAUUCCAUAUGGGACCCUUCAAUGUUGAAUGUGAUACGAUUGACCCAGCUGAUGUAGAUGCAGUAGCAAUAACUGUAAAGAGAGCUCUUGCUACUUAUGGCACUGCUGCUUUGGGAGAGAUGAUACAAAACUGCAUGGCCCUAGAUCUUUCCUGGAAGGGACCAUCCAAGAACUGGGAAGAGCUGCUACUCAGCCUGGGGCCUGCUGGUUGCCAACCUGGUAUAGAAGGGGAGGAGAUUGCACCUCUCGCCAAGGAAAAUGUUGCCACUCCUUGAGGGCAGGCCGCCCUUAAUGCCGCUAAUGCUAUCCAUUGACUACCUCAUCCAUGUACCAGCAAAUAGCCCUUAGCUGUGUUGAUAAGCUCCAGUUUCACACGAGCUAUGGAUCUGUUAAAAACUUGUUUUGCAGGAGUUAGGGUGUGUUGAAGGUGGAUGAUAGCGGGGGUGCAAGUAAAUAAUGCAUUGAAAAUAGUAUGUGGCUACGCUAUCUUUGUGUUGGAGUUGAGAAAGCUCUCACUUCAGAAGCAGAGUAAAUAAAAAUAUGUAGUUUUUUCUUCCAUUUGAAGCUCCUCUAGGUAUGCUAACAGCCUAGCCCAUGUAUAAUACUACUACCUGGAACAUAAUGCUUAAGUUUGUAAUGCGAGUUUUCAAAAAUCUUUUGCCGCAA